AUGCCUGCUUCGACCACCUUCCAAUGUCGCCGCUGCCAAACUGAUGACCACCACUAUACCAAGUGCCCAAAUGCCAGCUGCGACAACAACUGCGCAAACCCCUUCGGACACUGGUUCUGGCGCUGCCCCGAGCCCUGCAGCACCUGUGGGAAAGCAGGACACGCUGCACCAAGGUGCAUGAAUGAUGGCACCACUAAACCUGUAAGCGGUAGCAACAUCAAGUGCUACAACUGCAAAGAGAUGGGGCACAGAGCUGGGGAGUGUACGAAACCGUGCGGAGAGCGAGGGUGUGGUAGCACCGAACACACCUCAUACACAUGCCCCAUGCACAUAGCCCGGCAGAAACGUGGGGACCCACCACCCCAUUUAGCGGCUUAUGACUACUACAAAUGCGGGAAUAUGGGGCAUUUUGCUGCCGGGUGUGUACUACCGUGUAGGUGGUGUAAGAUGGUGAUGCAAUGCCAUCAGGCCCGUUAUUGUCCAAAGCGGGUAAAGGCUGCAGAAAAGCCCCAGACGUCCCAGAAGGGUGGAAAUGAGGCAGCCCCUACAACGCCCCCGAAGGAGGAAGAAGACGCCCCAGCUGUUGCUGCAGCUGACACCGUAACACCUACGAAGAUGCAAGGCACCCCGGCCGUGCCCCCACCCCGCCCCUCCAAAAGAAAGCGGCCGUCAGCCCUAUUGACCCCGGUUAAGAAACGGUGUCAUACGUGA